UGGGCCACUGUUGGAGAUCGCCGGUGUGUAGUCUUCAUUCGGUGUGCCUGAAAGGCGGGCGGUCCGUUGCUACUCCGGAAUUUGUGGAAUUUCGCUUUCCAAAUUAGUCAGCACAGACAAUCGUCUGGCUAUUCACAAGAGAUCACAAACUUCAAUAAGCAGGUUCCUCAACAUGUCUCAAGCUGACAAACUCAAGCAGGGUCAGUUCACCAACCCAGAGACCCCUGGCUAUGUGGGCUUUGCCAACCUUCCCAACCAGGUCCAUCGCAAAUCUGUGAAGAAGGGCUUUGAGUUCACCCUGAUGGUGGUUGGCGAAUCUGGCUUGGGGAAGUCCACCCUGAUCAACAGCCUGUUCCUAACAGACCUCUACCCUGAGAGGGUCAUCCCAGGGGCAGCAGAGAAGAUUGAGCGUACCGUGCAGAUAGAGGCGUCCACCGUGGAGAUCGAGGAGCGGGGCGUGAAGCUCCGGCUGACCGUGGUGGACACUCCCGGAUACGGGGACGCCAUCAACAGCCAGGACUGCUUCAGCACCAUCAUCGCCUACAUCGACGACCAGUUUGAGCGCUACCUGCACGACGAGAGCGGGCUGAACCGCCGGCACAUCGUGGACAACAGGGUGCACUGCUGCUUCUACUUCAUCUCCCCUCUGGGACACGGUCUGAAGCCCCUGGAUGUCCAGUUCAUGAAGGCCAUCCACAACAAGGUGAACGUGGUCCCUGUCAUCGCCAAAGCCGACACGUUGACCCUGAGGGAGAGGGAGAGGCUGAAGCGCAGGAUUCUGGAUGAGAUCGAUGAACACGGCAUCAAAAUAUACCACCUUCCCGACGCGGAGUCCGACGAGGAUGAGGACUUCAAGGAGCAGACCCGGAUUCUGAAGACCAGCAUCCCGUUCGCGGUGGUGGGAUCCAACCAGCAGAUCGAGGCCAAAGGGAAGAAGGUGCGGGGCCGCCUGUACCCCUGGGGCGUGGUGGAGGUGGAGAACCCCGAGCACAACGACUUCCUCAAGCUGCGCACCAUGCUCAUUACCCACAUGCAGGACCUGCAGGAGGUGACCCAGGAUCUGCACUACGAGAACUUCCGCUCAGAGCGCCUCAAACGGGGUGGCAGGUUGUCCUCACAUGGUUACGUUCUGCCUCUGUCUCCUGCGAAGGGUCCGGAGCCGGAGGAAAUGGACAAGGACAUGAUCCUCCAGGAGAAGGAGGCUGAGCUGCGACGCAUGCAGGAGAUGAUCGCCAAGAUGCAGGCGCAGAUGCAGAAGCAGGGAGACGGCGAGGGAGACAGUCAGCAAAUGUGAAGAAAAUGGUCUCGGACUGCUGUGUCGGCCAAGCGAGAGAGAGCGCCACGCACAGGGAGAGACCGUUCCUCGACCGCUGCCAGUGCUGCCUGCCACCAUUUCUGUUAUUCCACUCCUUUUAGCAACUCGUCUUUUAUAAGCAGUAUUGUCUCACGUUUUUAUAUUCGCACACGUCGUCGCUACUAUGUUAAUUUGUACCAUUAUAUUGUGCUAAACCAGUUAUCGAUGUGAAGCCCCCAGAGAGAGGUGCAUGUUGUAUUCAAGUUGUUUUUCAGUUGUUUUUAUUUUAUUUUUUAAGCAAGCCAAACUCUGUUGCCAUUCUUAAUCAAUGGGACAAUGGCACUCUAGAGCUUACUGUUCAGCUUUGUUCUGUCAGCACUGCUGGUCCCAGUGCCCAAAUGUCAUGCGUUUCCUUGGGGACGUGUGGCAGUUUUGAGCAGGUUGUGCUCACAUAGGGACUUUAACAGCAGUUGUGCUUUGCUUCUGGAUGCAGGAAAGUCCAGUGACGGUCAUCAGCUGCUUUAUCAGUAGGAUAAAAGACCCCAAGCUGGACCGCUAAAGUAAUUGAGAAGUGGGUACAAAACUGUAUUCGUAUGUAUCGGGUAUACUUUCUACCAACAUGUAGUUGUACAUGAUGCUGCAAUAAUCUACUCAAAAUUUAUGUGCCACAAAAAUAGGACUUGAAGCAUAACAGACUGCUGCCAGAAUUCAGCAGAGGGAAAAUAAUGUUUUCAAUGACUGGUUUACCUUACUAACAUGUAGGGUGUGUCUUUUGACUAUGCAACAUCAAAGCCGUUUUAAUUGCCACAACUAAGGGCUCUUUCUCUUUUUAUAUGUAUAAAUGCAUAACAAAUGCCUAGAAAAACUGGUUUCUGCAUUAUAAAUUAUUCAUGUUUCUGGUUACAUUUUAGUUAGAGAAGAUUUUUGAAGGAUUCUUCUUUUAUUUCUAAGCAUCAUUUUCUGGACUCCACAGUGCUGUUCUUAUCACAUUUUGGUUGUGUCAAAAUGACUGAUAUUUUUCACUGAGUUGUGUCUGUGUCCCUGGAUGCUUGAUCAAUGAAGGAGAUAUAGCCACAGCUUUCACACAGGUCUUUGGCCCCUGGGAAAUGUAGUUCUUCCACAAAGCGUGUGGCCCAUUUUAGGUUUGGAAGCGGUUGCCAUUGACUGGGAGCAUCAGGUCACACCUCCACAGGCCACACCCCCUCCUGUGUGGUUAAUAUUCCACCAUCUCCAUUUUCAUUAACUUUCUCUCUUUCUGUGAUGAAGAAAAAAUCUUUAUUGAAUACUGUCUUAUUGUAAUAAAAUUUCUAUUAAACCCA